GUUGAGGGGGAGUUUGGGGUGUGGCAGGUCAGCUCCUAGGCCUGCGCACUCGGCUCCCGGAAGCCGGGAAACAUGCGCUCUAGGAGCCGUUUUCCCUUGCCUUUCCCUGACCGGUGGAGCACCGCCCCGGAAAAGCGCAGAGCGACCUGGGUGUUUUUAUUGCGCAUGCUCCACGGCUUUUCCCGUCACCAUUUCUUGUUCAGUGGCUGCAAAGCUUCUGAUUUCGAUGCCAUGCCUCCACGCGUCAUGCCCUCAUUCAGUGCACGACAAGGAGGUGGCUUUGCCCUCUGCCCGAUGUCUAUAGGUGAGGCUGUCCUUGGGCCCGGUCCUGGCUUUUCUGCUUCAAACUCACAAACUGUGGCUCCCCCUGCCUGGGUGGCUUGUCUGCCUGUCGUCGUGAUCAGGAGAAAGGAGUCCGCAAGCGAUCAACACUGACGAUGCUGAGCCGGGUGCCGCAGGUGGUCUGAACUGGUGUCUUACUGUUUGAAGAAGGUUCCUUGGGAAAACGGACUCAGAAAUGUGUGUGCGGGGAGUUUAUUGACGCGGGCUUGAAGGGGAAACACCUGUGAGGGAGUGAAGGCAGCAGGUGCAGGCAGGAGAAGGUGAGCUGUGCUGUAGCCACCAAGAAAGAAAAAGAAAGCUUCGGUCAAGCCCCUGGCAAACUCCAGAGCUCAAAUGGCUUGUCAGAGCCAUUCUCAGUGGAUGGGCCUUGGCGCCCCACUCUGAACAGUCACUGGAUGCGAACAGACCGCCGGGGGUGAGCCCCCGUGGUGGAGACAGUGCCUGGAGAAGGAUCCAGUGCGAGGCCCCAGGAGCUGGCAGGAAGGGGGCCUCUCCUGAAAGGCGACCUGUGGGUGCUCCGACUCUCUCGUGCCAAAAGUGCAAGUGUCUUAGAAGCAGCGAGGGUGUGUGCUGGUGGUGUCUAUGAUUGAACAGCUUGCUCAAGUUCACAACUCGACGGUCCAGACCUCGAUGGAGAGACUGUGCAGCUACUUGCCUGAAAAACUGUUCUUGAAGACCACCUGCUAUGUAGUGGUGCGCAUGUUUGGACCAGACAUCAUUAAACUGCUUGAAGCAAAACUGAAUGCUGAUGUGGUGUGUCACACCCUGGAGUUUUGUAAACAGGACCCUGGCCAACCAUUGUGUCACCUCUAUCCCCUUCCCAAGGAGGCGUGGAAAUUUACACUGACGAAGGCAAGACAGAUUGUCAAGAAAUCCCCAACUCUGAUCUAUUCCAGAAGUGAUUCUGAUAUUUGUUCCCUCCCAUUUUUGGCCAAGAUCUGUCAGAAGAUUAAAUUAGCUAUUGAAAAUUCUCUGCCAUUCAAAGAUACAGAUUCAGACAAAUACAGUGUUUUCCCAACCCUGCGGGGCUAUCACUGGCGAGGGAGGGACUGUAACGACAACGACAAGAUGGUAUACCCGGGCAGAAGGCCCGACAGCUGGGAUGUACAUCAGGAUUCGAACUGUAAUGGCAUUUGGGGUGUUGAUCCAAAAGAUGGAAUUCCAUAUGAGAAGAAAUUUUGUGAAGGUUCACAGCCCAGGGGAAUCAUUUUGCUGGGCGACUCGGCUGGGGCUCAUUUUCAUAUCCCUCCAGAAUGGAUCACAGCUUCGCAGAUGUCUUUGAAAUCCUUCUUCAAUUUACCAGCAGCUCUUACUGAUGAACUCAACUGGCCCCAACUCUCUGGUGCUACUGGAUUUCUGAGCUCUACUAGCGGACUUAAAGAAAACUCUAUCUACCUUCGUUUACGGAAAAGGAACCGCUGCAAUCACAGGGACUACCAGAACAUUUCAAGAAACGGUGCAUCUUCCCAAAACCUGGAGAGCUUUAUAGAAAGUUUGUCUAGGAACCAGCUGCUGGACCAUCCAGCCAUCGUCAUAUAUGCCAUGAUUGGAAAUGAUGUUUGCAACGGGAAAACUAACCCAGUCCCAGCAAUGACCACUCCUGAGAAACUCUUCUCCAAGGUCAUGCAGACUCUGCAGUAUCUAGAUUCCCACCUACCAAACGGCAGCCAUGUUAUCUUAUUCGGCUUACCAGAUGGAACCUUUCUCUGGGAUAAUUUGCACAACAGAUAUCAUCCUCUCGGCCAGCUAAACAAGGACGUGACCUACGAGCAUUUCUACUCCUUCCUGAACUGUCUCCAGGUCAGCCCCUGCCAUGGAUGGAUGUCCUCCAACCAGACACUGAGGACUCUCACUUCAGAGAGAGCAGAACAACUCUCCAAUACGCUGAAAAGAAUUGCAACCAGCCAGAAAUUUGCAAACUUCAAUCUUUUCUACAUGGAUUUUGACUUCCGAGAAAUCAUGGAGGAGUGGCGAAAGAGAGGCGGGCAGCCCUGGCAGCUCAUCGAACCUGUCGAUGGAUUCCACCCCAAUGAGGUGGCUUUACAGCUGUUGGCAGAUGGCUUCUGGAAGAAGGCGCAGCUCCAGUGGCCCCAGGUUCUGGGAAAGGAGAAUCCAUUCAACCACCAGAUCGAGCAGGUGUUCGGAGACCAAGGGGGGCACUGAGUCCCCAAGGACACAUGUUCCUGGGUAACUCAGGGGGACAGAAAUAUGGGUCAGCUCAUUUAACAGACCGUUAUGGGGCUGUUGUGUCACAAACUCACAGGACCCUCCUCUUAGUAGCAUCUUUGCAAAGUGCAUUUCUCUCAUUUAAGAGCUUAUCUAAAUGACAGUGUGAUUCUGCGUGAUUCUGGGGUCAGUGACCCUCUAACCCUCAAAUAACCUUUAAUAAAGUACUUUGAGUGCCAUUCCAA